CAUCGCAAUGAAUCCGAAUCGACAAUAGCAGCCGUGCGGCUCCUCUUCAUCCCGGUCCUUGCUGGAGAAAAGUCGACAUCUCGCCGUCCUGGGAAGAGUUGGAGGGACUUUUCAUUAGAGGGCAAAGGAGGCCGCCGCCGCCGCCCAGGAGGAAGACAUGAGCUUGGUGGACGUGAGGAGGGCGGCCGGGUCCCUGACCCUGCCCCUGUCCGGCAACGACUCGGGCGACCCGGAGUCGCAGCAGCGCGGCAGGACCCUGUCGCCGGACCUGAGGCAGGACUUCAACAUGAUGGAGGAGAAGAAGAGGGUCACCCAGAUCCUGCAGAGUCCGGUGUUCAAAGAUGAGCUGGAGGGCCUGAUUCAGGACCAGAUGACGAAGGGCAACAACCCCUCGGGUCUCCUGGCCCUCAGGCAGAUCGCCGACUUGGUCAUGGCCAGCAGCGUGGGAGGAGCAGGCCCUUUGACUUCGCCCAUCAGCUUCGGGAUGGUGACGCCCGUGAAUGACUUGUACAGCAUCGAGUCUCCUUCCUUUGCCAAAGGAGAGAAACAGAGCCGCUGCAAACUGGCCACCCUCUACAGGCUCGUCGACCUCUUCACCUGGGCUCGUUUUACAAGCUCCUACAUCACUGUGCGCGUGAGCAAAGAGCAGGAUCAUGUUCUCAUCAGUCCACGAGGUCUGUCCUUCUCCGAGGUGACGGCGGCAAAUUUGGUGAAAGUGAACAUCGUUGGUGACGUCGUGGACCAGGGCUCCACGGACCUGGGCCUUGACCAUUUUGGAUUUGCUCCUCAUGCGGCCAUUUACUCGAUGCGCCCUGAUGUGAAAUGCAUCAUCCAUAUACACACCCCGGCCACAGCUGCUGUGUCCUCGAUGAAAUGUGGAAUCCUGCCCAUUUCCCAGGAGGCUUUGCUGCUGGGAGACGUGAGCUGCUUCGGUUACCAUGGCAGCCUGGAUAAUAAAGAGGAGAAGGUGGAGUUUCAGAAAGCUCUGGGCCCGACUGCCAAGGUGAUGCUUUUGAGGAACCACGGGCUGCUGGCUUUAGGAGAGACAGUGGAAGAAGCCUUUCAUUAUGUGUACCACUCGCAGCAAGCGUGUGAAAUCCAGGUGAAUUCUCUGAGGUGUUCAGGCGGCGUGGACAACCUGGUGCUGCUGGACAGGGAGAAGUUUAAGCCCCGCACGCAGGGCGUGGCCGCGGCCGGGGUGCUCAUUGACAACGAAGUCAAGUGGAAGGUGGGCGAGGCCGAGUUCGAGUCCCUCAUGAGGAUGCUGGACAACCUGGGGUACAGAACAGGCUACUCUUAUCGGAACCCAGUUGUCCGUGAGAAGCCGCGUUCAAAGAACGACGUGGAAAUCCCCGCCACGGUGUCCGCGGUGCCGACGGAGGACAGUGAGGCGGGUCUGUGCAGCCCCUUCAGGUUCAUGGCCCAGAAACAGCAGAGGGAGAGAACCCGCUGGCUCACCUCACCCAACAGCUACCUGAAGGUCAACGUUCCUGAGCAGUCGCCCAGCGGGGACGUCAGCCCAAGGACCAAAAUCAUGUGGAUGAAGUCACAGCCAGGAAACAGCAUGGGGACCCCAAUAAAAAUCGAGGACCCUAACCAGUUUGUCCCACUCAACACUAACCCGACGGAGGUUUUGGAUAAAAGGAACCGGAUAAAAGAACAGCACAGGGGUGAUCAGAUGACUCCAGGACCAAAAUCUCAAUUACUGGCAGGCAUUGUAGUGGACACCAAACCAGGACCAGCCUUCAUCGUUGAAGAUGAGGAGCUGACCCGCUCGCUUCCUCCCAACCCCUUCAAUGAUCUCACCCAGAAGGAGCUGGAAGAUUAUAAGAGCCUGGUGGAAAAAAAGCAGCAAGGACAGGAAGAGGAUGACGAUGCCACUGAUGCUGAUGAGCUGACCACAUUUGAUGGCUCAACUAUCUCUCUGUCACUUUCUCCCAUAAUGACACCAGUGAAACAAGACACAAUACUCAACGGGAAGGACCACUUGUCAGAGAUGGAGGAGGAUCUGAGCAUCGAGGUAUCCAAGCUGAGCGUGAGCACUUCAGACACGGUGGAGAUCUCCAUAACAACAAGGGAGAACACGGGGGUGGCUCAGACCCCGGAGAGCCAGACCAAGUCACCCAAGAAGAAGAAAAACAAGUUCCGCACUCCCUCGUUCUUAAAGAAGAGUAAGAAGAAGAAGGAGGAGAAGGGAAAAACGGAAGCUUGAGUGUCUUUUCUGUAGGAGCGAAGAGCUUUAUGUGAGGGAGCGGCAAAAGUGUGAAACCAAUUCCUUAUUUUCGUUGCGUUGAAGGGAAGAGAAAUGGUCAGAAAGAGCCUUCUGGAUGUUUCCCCCUAUUCCCAGCUAUCAUUCCAAGUUCCUUCGAUACGCGCCGGUGGGACAUUUUCAUGACCUGACAGUUUGUGACUGACCACUGAGAGUUUCUUUACUUCUCACCCAUAUUCUCAAUGGGCCUUUCGUGGGUAUUAUGAAGUCGUUCAUCCAAUGAAACAUCAAAGUGGACCUUAACUUUUUUUGUGAUUUUUCUUAUUAUUGCACAAGUCGUUGAAUGUUUUCUAGUUUUGAACUUUUUAAUUUUCAAACAUGUCUAGCUAGCGGUCAUACGAGUAGUUUACGAGUGGCUGAAAAGUAUAAAGCUAUAUGAUGUUUUAGCCUUAUAAACAGUAUGAUUUGUAUUUGAGCUUUGAAUCUAAUCACAGUUACAGUUGUAAUAAUAUAUGCGGGUUUGUAUAACUAGAACAUUAUAGUGUUUGAUAGUAAAUGAUUCGAUAGUCUUUGUACGUACGCCUCACACGCUAAAACAUGCUGCGACGAACCAAGCGGUGACAAAACCGUGUCGUUUCUACACGGACGCGUCGCUCUCAUGUGUGCUGCUUUUCGUGGUGUUUGUGACGAGGAAUCGACUGUGACCAACAGAGAAGGCUCGGCUAAGUGAGGACUGUUUAUGAGUUUGACUUUUGCUAAUAGCUACUUUUUAUUAUGGGACGGCAAUAAUGAUUCACGGCAAGUGGAUUUUGACGGCGGUUUCGCUCGUUACAACUGAAGGCGUCUGGUUGGGGGAAGCUUUUCUUCUCGCUCACUGUUGGGAGUUUUACACGAAGUACAACACGAGGAUUUUUAUAUUUCCAGCCCAGUCAACAAUGUGAAUGAUGAGUUUAAACCCAAAGGGAGUGAACUUUUUUCUUGUAAAUAGUUUAAAAUGUUUUUUGUUUUUUUGUGAAGCUCCUUUUGUCAUGCUAAACCAAAUGGCGAUGAAUCUUUAAAAAAGUGACAGAACAAUCUAAUAUGAAUAUUUUAAAACUCAUACUGUUGUUUUUACCUACUACAAUUAAGUGCUACAAUUUUUUUGUUUUGUUUACAUUUGUAUUGCUAAUGUAUGCUUGUGUUUCCCCUUUUGUUUACGUUGCUCUUUGUGUUUUGAUCGGAUUACUUCUGCUAGACAAAAAAAAAAUAACCCCUCCAAUAUGAAAUAAAACUUUCGUUAGUACAAAUUUCGCAGUCCCCCGUCGUAAAGCGCGCUGAACCCUCCCCCCACCCGUGCGAAAACAAAGCAUUGACUCCGUUUGGGGAUAAUUACCCACGUGAAGCUGCAUAAUCAGCCUUCAGCCAUGAUAUGAAUGAGCGUUGUCAUGGUGAAGCACUGAGUGUGGGGUCUGUGGAGACAAAAGGGGGGAUUUGGUGUCUCCAACAGGUGUUCGUGGAGGGGGAAGUGGCGGGAUCUGCACCUUCACGACCCCCUUCUACCACCCACAUGCACCUCUGUAAAACAUACGGAGAUAAAGAUCAGCAAUUUAGCUAACGCGUCUAAACAUAAGCUUAACUCGUGGGAUUUCUUUUAUCUGCUCAAUGAAGAAAUUAAAGGGAUUUUUUUCGGUUUGUUUUUAGGAUCUUUGGCCUUUUUUUUUUUUUUGCCUCCAAAGUAUGACCAGUAUCAGAAUAUAUAUUUGCUAUAGGAGUGUGUGAACACCAAAGUUUAUUUUCCGUCCAUGCCACAGCUUGGACAGAGGGUAAAGAGCAGGUGACAAAUGUCUGACCUGCUCUGACCUCAUGACAAAGGGUCUCAAUUGUCGUAAAACAACUAUAGAAUCAACGGACCACCACUAUGUUUAAACAGAGCUUGGACAUUUUCACAUUUUGUCACAUUAAAACAAAACAAAAACAAA